AUGAAUUACAGUGCAAGCUCCGAUAUUGCAGACAAAUAUAAAAGCCUAGCUCGUGGCUCCAACGUCAUUCGGCCCAGUGCCGAAUUCGACCAACAGGAAUUCAUUAACAAAAAUCGAAAAUAUGCCGAGUCUCUGUCGGACAAGUUGGACAAGCCUUUGCUCAAGGAUUACUAUAUAGGAAAGGCAGCUGACGGAGGGCUCUGCUCGGCUGCGGUAUUGCAACGGCUUAGCACCGGCUCCAUCCCACCUGCCACCGAAGACAUGGUUACGGUACUGUCUAGAGUCCAAGGCUCCGCUGAGGUCGACAACGAGCGUGAUUUCUUGACUUGGUGCAGUAACCUAUCAACUUUUUUCAAGAAGCUCAAGUAUGUCAAAAACAGCAAGGGCUUAGAUCUCAACAAUACCCAAACUUUCAUCAAUUAUCUGCUUGACAACUCAGGCAAGAUUAAUACGAAGUACAAGCUUUUCCUAAUCCUUGUUUUUAAGGAUGGCACCUCCCAUGCGAUUGGCCUAAACCUCGGAACUAAUCGCUUCUUCGAUCCUAAUUCUGGCAUUUGGGAUAUUGAAGCUACCAAAGAUGAUGUCAAAAACAUUGUCUAUGCAAUUUUUGGCUUAGAGCAGAUUCGAAAUCAUCAUGGGAAUGUCGUCGAUGUUAGGGCUAUUACUUACGUUGACUAUUAA